GUUUGUUUGUGUAGCGACAUGUUGAAAAUGGCGGAGGGGAGAGACCUACGCGACAUAAAGAGUCAAAUAUGAGUAAAACGUGAAUGACAAUUUCAAAACCGCAAAUUGGAUUUCGUAAUAACUUAAUUUUUGAAGGCGAUACGGAAUAAUGUAUAGCUGAAAACAGCGACAUUAUUUUGAAACUGGCUUUGAAUUAGCCAACAUUGCUAAUCUCGCUAGCUUCAAUAGUGUGAUUUUUUUUUACUCCCAGGCUUGUUUGUCAACAUUAGCCAACAACCAUGUUCUCCCUGGCUUGUGUCAGACUGCAGCGCCAGACCACAUUAUCCAUAGCAUGUGGAAGAGAUUGAUUCAUGGAGCGGCAGAACAGAAAACCAAGGCACCCGAACUAGCUGGCACUGGCCGCCCAAUUUACGGGCUUUACUGUUAAAUAUUUACAUCCGAAUUAGCCCAUUUAUGCAUGGAAAUUGAGCGUCUAACUUUAACCAACGAGAGAUUGCAUUGAAAUUGAAUAAAUACAGAAGAUAAACACCAGCGUAUACGGAGAUUGAGGCAGGUGUCCUGAAGCUCAGAAUGAGUGCUGUAGGGGAAAGUGCCCUGGAACCUGCCACGCCAGAGUCCCGCAAGAGGAAGGGCUCACCAUGCGACACCUCAGAGCAGAGUGUGGAGAAGCGUCGGCGGGAGCUGGAGUGUCGUUACAUAGACGAGCUGGCCGAGCUCCUGUCUGCCAACAUGGGCGACAUGGCCAGCCUCAACGUCCAGCCAGACAAGUGCCACAUCCUCAAGAGCACCGUGGACCAGAUCCAGCAGAUCAAACGGCGCGAGCAGGAGAAAGCGGCUUUGGUGUCACCGGAAGACGAGGUGCAGAAGAGUGACAUCUCGUCCAGUAGUCAGGGCAUGGUGGAGAAAGAGGCUCUGGGGCCGCUGCUGCUCGAGGCUCUGGACGGCUUCUUUUUUGUGGUGAACCGCGAGGGCCGGAUCGUGUUUGUGUCGGAGAAUGUGACAGGUUACCUAGGCUACACCCAAGAAGAGCUGAUUACCUCCAGUGUCUACAGCAUCCUCCAUGUGGGAGACCACGGCGAGUUUGUCCGCAACUUGCUGCCCAAGAGCCUCGUGAACGGGGUGCCGUGGCCCCAGGAGCAGGGUCGGAGGAACAGUAACACAUUUAACUGCCGGAUGCUAAAGAGGCCUCCUGAUGAAGUGGACUCAGAGAACCAGGAGGCACGUCAGCAAUACGACAUCAUGCAGUGUUUUACUGUCUCCCAGCCCAAAGCCAUGCCGGAGGAAGGAGAUGACCUGCAGAGCUGCCUGAUCUGCAUAGCCUGCCCGAUGCCCCGCCCCCAGCAGCUACCCGCCAUCCGCACUGAGUCCUUUAUCACCAAACAGGACCCCACAGGGAAGAUCAUCUCCAUAGAGACCAGUGCUCUGCGGGCGACGGGGCGACCAGGCUGGGAGGACCUGGUCAGGAAGUGUAUCUACGCCUUCUUCCAGCCGCAAGGCAAAGAACCCUCCCACGCCAAGAAGCUGCUCCACGAGGUGAUGACCCAUGGCACGGCCAUCAGUCCUCUUUACCGGUUCAACCUGAGCGAUGGGACCCCCCUCAGUGCUCAGACCCGCUGCAAGUUCUGCUGCCCCCCUAACCAUGACGUUCAGCCCUUCAUCAUGGGCAUUCACACUAUCGACAGGGAACACAACACUGCUAGCUCUCAGGAAAACACUAACUCCAGCCUUCUACUGACCCAUAGGAGCCCUGCUCCCUCCCACUCCCCUGCCCUCCCCCCGGGCAGCGAGGCCAGCCAAGCCCCAGGCCCCACCUCGGGCCUCCAUCUCAACAACGGCAAAAGCUCCAGCACCACCACACCCACCAGCCAUUCAGCAGGGUACCUGAAGCCCAACCGGAUGUGUCCUCAGCAGGUCAACAGCCCCUCGCCCCUGGGAAGCCCCCUUACUGCCACCCCUACCUCAUUUAUGUCGCCCAGACCCCCCAGGGCCAGUCCGGGGCUGGGCGGCAGCCCGCGUGUCCCAGGGAACCCCUUCUCCCCUUCCACCCCUGGCCUGCACUCUCCGGCACCGUCCCUGGGAGGUGGAGCUGGUGGCGGUGGAAGUGGAAUCCUCAGCCGGCACCACUCUGGUGGGGACGGUGGAGCAGGGACCCCCCUGAGUUUCUCUCUGCCCUCCCCUUUACCUCAGAGGCAGGCCAGCACCCCCACCAGCUCCCCAGCACGCCCUCCCCCCGCCAAGCCCCCCGAGGGAGGAGGAGAUGGGGGCGGAGAGGACCUGGCUAAAGGAAAACUAGGGGGGAACUCCAAACUCAACCAGCCCCUGGACAACGGCGGCGUGGGGGCGCCUAGGGACCCCAAAAACACAUCUACCAAACCCACCUCCACCCCUCAGUGCCCGGCCUCCCACAGCACGCUGACGGAGCGCCACAAGAUCCUCCACCGCCUCCUGCAGGACAGCAGCCCGGCUGAGGGCAGCAACGGCAAGGAGUCUGAGAUCAAGAAGGAGCCUCCUGCCAGCCCUGCCACCGCCAACCCCAACGGACCCCCCAGCACCCCUCAGGACCACCAGCUGCUGCGCUUCCUCCUGGACACGGAUGAGAAGGACCUGGGCGACCUGCCCCCUCCGGCCGCUCUCAGCCUGCAGACGGUCCGGGUCAAGACUGAGAAGAGGGCCAGCGGGGACACGACGCCCUGCGCUGCAGCCUGCGCCAGCCCCAAGCCCAAACCGAGCCCUGCAGACAGCAGGCCAUCCAGAGACCCGUUCCCCAGUGGAUCUGCUGACCUGGACCCUCUCAGCCAGCUGCUGCCCACCCUCAGGGGCCCUGCAGGGGCCAAGCAGGGCAGCGAGGAGCAGGGUGGUCCCCACACCCAAGCCCUGUCGUCCCAUAGCCAAACCCAACCUCAACCACGGCUCCAUUCACCUCCACAGCCCCAGACACAGCCUUGGAUCCAAUCACCUCUUCAAACCAAACCUCAGAACCAUCUCCAGCUUCAGUCCCCUACCCAGCUUCAGUCCCCUACCCAGCUUCAGUCCCCUACCCAGCUUCAGUCCCCUACCCAGCUUCAGUCCCCUACCCAGCUUCAGUCCCCUACCCAGCUUCAGUCCCCUACCCAGCUUCAGUCCCCUACCCAGCUUCAGUCCCCUACCCAGCUUCCGUCCCCCACCCAGCUUCCGUCCCCCACCCAGCUUCCGUCCCCCACCCAGCUUCAGUCCCCUACCCAGCUUCAGUCCCCUACCCAGCUUCAGUCCCCUACCUUACUCCAGCCCAGUGGGGCCAACAUUGUCAAGGCCGUGACCGUGAAGAGGGAGCCUCCCGGAAGACCAAGCCGGGGGCUCACUGAUGGCUCCAGCCUGCAGAACCAGUCACACUUUGACUUCUGCAGCCCCAGCCAGAUACCGGGACAAGGGGAACUCUUCCAGACACCCAAAGACAGCAGCCCCUUUAAAGAGCCUGGACUAAUGAACUCAUUCAACUCCAACACCGCGUUGUCUAAGAUGGAGACAGACUCUCAGCAGUUCCAGACCCUGGCCCUAACUGAGACUCUGUCCUUUGAUGGAGGCGUGGGAAACCCUGUGCAAGCCUCUCUGGCCUCCCCUCAGGAGCAGUGUGUCCCGUGCCCACUGGAUGAGCUGCUGUGCCCCCCCACCACCCCCGAGGGACGUAACGAUGAGAAGGCCCUCCUGGACCAGCUGGUGUCCUUCCUGAGUGGCACAGAUGAGAGCGAGCUGGCUGAGCUGGACCGAGCCCUGGGCAUCGACAAGCUGGUGAAGGGCGGCUGCUUCGACCCCAUCCCUCAACGGUUCCCCUCCCAGCCUCCUGCCACCACCCCCAUCUCCAUGGACCCCAAGCUGCCCGGCUACCCCUCUCAGUUCAACAUUGGCCCCCCUGCCCAGUUCCCUCCAGAGAUAGCAGGGGUGCAGAGUAUGGGGGGCUUCGGUGCACCCAGGGGGGCCUUCCCUGGGGGCAUGAUGCUGAGGCCUGGCAUGGGCAGAGCUCCUGGCAUGACCAACCAGCUCCGGCUGCCUCCCAACCAGCUGAGGUUACAGCUGCAACAGAGGCUGCAGGGCCCACAGCAGCUGCAGAACAGGCUGGCUGCCAUGAGCCCGUUCCCAGGGGAAGCUCACGUUGCCAUGGGGAUGCGUCAGGGAGGGCAGCAGCCUCAGAUGCCCUCUCAGCCUCCUCUGAACGCCCAGAUGCUGGCCCAGAGGCAGCGGGAGCUCUACAGCUUCCAGCACCGCCAGAGACAACUCCUGCAGCAGAAGGUCAUGUUGAUGAGGCAGGGCAUGGGGGGUGGUGGGCCUAUGGGAGCCACCAGGGGACAAAAAGGACCCCAGCCACAGCAACAACAGUUUGGCUACCCUCCAGGCUACAGCCCCAUUCCAGGGAACCCACCCAGUUCCCCCAGCCUAUUCAACCCCAUGGGAGGGACCCAGGACCCUAAGUUGUCGGGCCAGGGCCCUAUGGGCAGCCAGGCAACUAUGAUGGGGGGGAUGCAGGGACAGUUUGGGGGGGUGGUGAACUCGGCGGUGCAGCCUGUGCUCUUCCAGCAGUUUGGAGGACCAGGUAUGGUCCAGCAAGGAGACCCCUCGUUCCCUCCAGAGCUCAGCCCCACCAGUCCCCUGAUGUCCCCUCAGAACUCCACCACCCAGAGUCCUCUGCUCCAGCAGGCCCAGCCUCCUCCUGGGUACCAGUCACCUGACAUGAAGAGUUGGCAGCAAGCUGGCAUGGGCGGAAACAGCUUGUUCAGCCAGUCUGGUCAGACGACGCCCCAGGCCUUUGGGCAACAGGGGGUCUACAACAACAUGAGUAUCACCGUGUCAAUGGCAGGAGGCUCAGGGGCAGUGGGUUCGCUACCUUCCAUUGGACCACCUGUUGGCAUGGGCAACAGUAACCUUGGUGACAUCAACUCCAUGUGUAACGAUCAGGUACAGCAGGUUCAAGUGUUUGCCGACGUCCAGUGUACGGUGAACCUGGUGGGCAGCGACUCCUACCUGAACCAGUCGGGGUCCAUAGGUACCCAGAAGGGCCCCCAGGGGCCUCAGAGCAGCCAGUCCCAGCAGAAGAGCCUCCUCCAGCAGCUCCUCACAGAGUGACUCCUCAGCUCAGCCGCCUGCCAGGAGAGAGGUGCUCCACAGACCACCGACCUCUUCUCUUUCUCACCUUUGGUUUUAGACACCUGCCGGACUGGUUAGGAGGGCCCUGGGAUGGAGACUGAGGUCCAGGUAAGAGUGUGUCUGACCUGCCAGCCUGCCAGCCAGCCUCAGCCCAUACCGUACCAUAAGGCAGCAGCUAUUGUUCAGCGCUCAUUCCUGGUUACCUACUUUUAACACAAAGUCUGCUUUCUGUUCUGAGAAAGGAACCAGCUUCCGGUUUUGCCAAGUCGUUGUGGUUGUCAAAAGAGGAUCUGGUUCCUAAUUGCCCGUUCCGUCAGGUCCAUCGCAGCAGUACGUCUUGGGAAUGCGAUCAACAUGCAGCUGAGCUCAGCUGUGGGUGGUUAACCCGGUUAACCCUCAACUUUUGCUCUAGCGUGGGGUGGCGUUGUGGGGACAACGUUUUGGGAAUGUUAGGUUUUUAACCUCUGCAGUGGGAAGCUCAGUUUCAGCUGGAUCUGUGACUGACUAGCUCUCUCCAUUGCAGUGCCUGAUGGGAGGAAAUUCCCAGCUCUCGUUUUUUGUUUUUGUUUCUCUGUUCUGGUCGUCUGCGUCGUCAGGACAACAAGCAGCCGGGAUGGGAUGGGAGAUUGCGCUGCGCUGCUCAGUUGGCAACACCAUAUUUCACAUUUUCAAACCACCAGACUGUCAAAGUAACUGUCUGUCUUACACAUUUAUCUCCCCAGCAGCUGUGAAUAUGAGCCAUGUUGGGCUCUCCUUGGCCUAUCAGUAUUGUUUGUCAUGUGUAACCGUGCAGGUGGGUAGUAUUGUACAGCACAGAUGGACAAAAAAUUGGGAUGAGUUCACACUUUCUACUUUCCUUUCAAAAGCGUCAUUUAAUUACUCUAAAAUGCAACUGUCGUUUUUAGCUCAAACUAUACAUUGUGAUUCAAUGCGGUUUUCUUCCGUUUUUUUAUUUGAGAGUAACAUGUCAGUUAUUAUAAUUUUUUAAGGCGAUAUUUGCCAUUAUGAAAAUGUAACUCUGCUAAAUGUGUUCUGUAAUGUGAAAAAAGAAAAUCUCUGUAUAAGAAUUUGAUUGGUUUUAGAAAUGGCUAGCUCUGCUCUUUUGGCAUCCCUUUGAAUGUUUUAAAUCCCCUAAAAUGUACCUCAAAACGAACAAGAAUGGGUUCUCAAUAUUACAUAAUGACAUGAAUAGGUUGUAACUCGUAACCGUAGAACUUCCUCGCUCAGAAGUGAUGGAAGUUGAAUGGGGUGUUUUCUUGGAAACACAGUGCUCUCUCUCCACCAACUCUGCCCGUGAUGAUGUCAUUCCACUGGCCACACACUACAGCUCUUUUUGACUGCUCAUGUGACUACUGUUGCCCAGUCAGACACUGUCUAUCAGCGCUAACCUCUGAUAUUUUACUAUACACAUUCAGUCGCAUAGAAAGUCUGGCCAAAAAACACCAUGUUUUAUUUAUGUGGGUAAACAAUAACCUAUUAACAAGCAAUAAACCCGAAAAUGACGAGAAAGCAACAACAGAAAGAGCAAAGUUCGGCGACGUAAUGAUAAUGAAAAAUCUAAUUUGUCUAAUUUGGUCUAAAAGUCUAAUUUGGCUUUUGGCUUCUCUGCUCUAUCCCGGGUAUGUGUAUUUCUCUGCUCUAUCCCGGGUAUGUGUAUUUCUCUGCUCUAUCCCGGGUAUGUGUAUUUCUCUGCUCUAUCCCGGGUAUGUGUAUUUCUCUGCUCUAUCCCAGGUAUGUGUAUUUCUCUGCUCUAUCCCGGGUAUGUGUAUUUCUCUGCUCUAUCCCGGGUAUGUGUAUUUCUCUGCUCUAUCCCGGGUAUGUGUAUUUCUGACUAACAGAAGGCUUUCUUAAGGGUGUUAUGGUCCAACUAGAUAUCUGACUGUGUAUAUACAAGGUAUUUUACAAAGUGUGCAACAUUACCCGAGCACAGCUAAUAACCGAGGAGGGUUAGGGAUGAUCAGUUGAAAUAGCAUGCAUGAUCACCAUCCUCCUCCGGAGACCUCAAAUUGAAUGCCAACUACUUUAAUGUGCUAUGAUUUCUGAAUCACGUUGUGUACCGUUUCAAUGGCGUUUGUGUGCCUGUGCUUUAUACCCAAACAGUGGCUCAGGUGUCUUCAGCAUACAACUCAAAUUCAACCUGAAAAUGGCAUCAUUUCGUGUGGUGUUGAUUCAAGUUGACAUGAAAAGCUGGUAGCAGUUCCACUUCGGAAACUCAUUGGUGAAACUGAUACACUGUGAUUGGACAUACCACUUGUUCCUGUCAUUCUAAGACACUUCAAAUGUUCCUUUGCUUUUAGCCUAUUGCAUUUAAUUCAAAACAAUAUAUAUACGAUUAAUAGAUGAGAUAUUUAAGUGUAUCUUUCUUCUGAUGAGGUAAAUGUUUUAUUUUCUAUUUGAAAGGGAUGUGGGUUAACAAUUAGUACUUAUCAAUGUUAAAGCCAUUCCUGAGCCACUGUUUGGUUUCUGUAAAUAAACAUACACUUUACAAAACACACGGAAGCAAGACAAAAUUAACAGAAUGUAUGUGGAAGGAUUUCAUUUGUUUUCAGUAUACAUUUGUACUAUAUAGGGUACCAGCUAACGGUUUCAUACUCCCAGAAGUGUUACAAAAGAUAACUUUUCAUGGAUAUCUUCGUCACAUACUCUCCAGCCUUCGCUCCUCAUUUAGGAACAGGCAUUACUGUAUAGAAAGUGUUAAUAGAACUACGUCAAAUGCAGAAGUUCAUCUGAUCUGUUAAUAUUAACUGUUUAGCAUUUGGGAUAUAAUAUGCCAAAUACAAAGCACCAUUAGACAACGGUCAUUAACUAACAGACAUUCGUAUAUGCAAGAGCCGCUCAAUGGCAAAGACAGUCCAUUCAGUACAGGUACAAGGUAAAUAUUUGAACUGGUUCUUCAACAUGUAUAUAACAGACAAUGUGAAUAUGUAUUUGUUCAGAAUCGACAAAAUGUAGUGCUCCAAGUUUGUGGUAUUAACUACUCGCUUCCAUUUUAUUCUUUUUUGUAUUAUAAUUUUUUUUUACGUAUAUGACUGUCUGAGUGUGUGUAUGUAUGUGAUUAAUACUGUAUAUCUGGUGUUUAAGAUGGAAACUGAAUAUGUCCUUAUUUUGAUUUCUUCUUUUUACAUACCUGCAAGUUUUCCUGUGGGUGUUGUUCUGAUUGCUCUUUAUGUGAGAGAAUGGGUUAGCGACUGCUGAAUGUGAUUUUACUGAGAGAGAAGCAGUGUGGACUGGCUUUUGUACGGGUUAAUUUAAAAACAAACAAAAACACACACAAAAAAAAGGCCAUAUUAUUUAAUUUCUCUGUUGUUAAAACGUUUAAACAGAUCUGAGAAAGUGGAACCUUGUAUUCUGAGAAGCAUCGCUUCAGUAGUUAAGCGGGCUUUUGUAGAUCGCCUGAUAUACUUUUAGCGUUUUCAAAAAGUAAUGACCAAAGCUUUAAGAUGUUUAAUUCAUAUCAUAUGCAAGCCUCAUGCAAUUGGACGAGACAAAAUGUAGCGUUUGUUCACUUUUCUAAAAGGAAAUAGUCUAUACAUACUAGCUCCUCUUUGACCACACAACUAAUUUGUGGUAGUUUGUGCUUUGCGUGUUUGUCCUUUUUUUCCUUUUCCACACAAUUUGUCCUAAGACACUGACAAGUGACCUAUCAGAUUUAGUAUUUUUAUCUAACUUCUAUUCUUUGGAAUAUCCCAAAGUAUGAUCCGUUAGAAACUUCCUCUCCUUGUUGCCGUUGACUCCUGGCAAAGACGCAAAAAGACUUGUAAGGGCCUGACAUGCUGUCACUGUUUACAGGAAGAGAGAAACUUGCAACAGCUAGCUAUGCACCUUAACAAAAAAGCUUUUUUUUAACACUGAUUUAGGUAUUCAAAGCAAACUAGAAUUUGAAUCAAUGAUUUAAAUCAAGGUAUUUUAGUUUAUUGAAAGAAGAAGAAGUGAAACCUAGUGAACCAAUUAUUAUUUAAUUUUUUUACUCAACUAGCAUUGGUGAUAGUUGUCUGAACUUGUGGGUCUGCUCUAUCAACUGAAUCUCACAGAUUAAGAUUAUUCAAUCAAAUAUUUCAAUUUAUUUAGCUGAAUACUUUAUACCAAGUUUGAGGUGCUUCUUGUAUAUACAGUAUUUUCUGCAUAGAGGACUGCUCCUCGCUGUUUGAUGAUAAUGUUAAUGAGGAUUUUCUUAUCUUUACCUUUAUAAAACAAGUUUGCUGCAUUUUACAUUACUUUUGUACAAGAAAUCUAAAUAUUCCAGGAAUUUGCAAGAAAUACAAUCUACUUUUGCACUUUAUCUCAGAAUUAUUUAGAGGAAACAGGCCAUCAUAAAUACUACUCAUGUUCACAUUAGAUGACUAUUUAAUAAUCAUAAAUCCCCUAAAUCACAGGAGGUUGGUGGCACCUUCAUUGGGGAGGACGGGCUCGUGGUAAUGGCCAAAGCGGAAUAGGUGUAAUGGUAUCAAAUACAUGGAACACGUGGUUUUCAUGUUUGAAGCCAUUCCUUUUGCUCCGUUCCAGACAUUAUUAUGAGCUGUCCUCCCCUCAGCAGCCUCCUGUGCCCUAAAUAUAAUAGAAAGUAAAAUAUAGAUUUCUCAGGUUCUUAAGAACUUGGUUGCAGAGCCCAUCAAUAUGAUUACAAAAGAGAAGUGUACAUUCUCUACUACUACUCUUAGUAGUUUCACAUAUGAUCCUUCUCUCUGCCACAGAGCCACAAUCUAAACUAUGCCUUUCUUCUUCAGGUGAUCCACUGCCCCUCUCCCCUUGGCCAUUAGUUAACUAACGCGCUAACACUCAUACGUCCUGUCCUGUGUAACCAAUGUGAAAUGGCUAGCUAGUUAGCGGUGGUGCGCGCUAAUAGCGUUUCAAUCGGGUGACGUCACUCGCUCUGAGACCUUGAAGUAGUGUAGUUGGGCGCGAUGGGUAACGAUGCUUCGAGGGUGACUUUUCUGUGUGCAGAGGGUCCCUGGUUCGAGCCCAGGUAGGGGCGAGGAGAGGGACGGAAGCUAUACUGCUACAGCAGCUUUAACUGUUCAAAACAUUCCUCCUCAACUCUGCUCUUAGCUACCAGCAAUCAUUGUGCUCUGGUCUAUACUGUAGCAUUUUAGAUUUUAGUCAUUUAGCAUAUGCUUUUAUCCAGAGUGACUAACAGUAAGUAGUGAGUUAAUACAUUUUCCUGUACUGGUCCCCUGUGGGAAUCGAACCCUGUUGCAGACGCCAUGCUCUACCAACUGAGCCCCACGGGACCAGCAGCAGUUCUAUUCUAUAUAUUUCUAGGCUUAGUAAUUCCUACCAAGCAGUAACAGCCCUACAUACGUGUACUGCUGUCCCCUGCGUCUGUUAUUUUGUCAUUGUCACCACCGUGUAACAUACUGCCUAAUGCAGAAACAACUAUCAUCCUUGUUAAGAUUAAUGCACUCUACCUUCUACAGGUAUUACUUCUCAACUGUUCCGAGUAUUGGAGCAACUGUUUGCUGAUGAUGUUUGUCAAGUAUUGUAAGUGCUGCAUAAUCCAGACUGAAGUUUGAUUGUGGAUGGAGAAAUCAAAAGCUUGUCUCGCCACUUAUAAGGCCAAUGCUUUCUCAUUGAAACAAGGUUCCACUUUUCCCCCUGUAAAAUUAAUAUAAAUAAAUAUAAAUAUAUAUAUUAUACAUUUUACUCAUUUUGUCCAGUUUUGUUUAUUAUACUUGUGUAAACUUGUUUUUAGACAGGCAUCAGAGCAGCUGUGUGGGUGGGACAAUAUGAAUGAAGUAUCUGGGAGAAUUAUGCAUGUUUUUAUUUCUGUGUCCAGGUGGAAUACCUGGGAUAAAUCCUACCUUUUCUUAGGAUGUCGUAGACAAUCAGUCUCAGGCUGGGUCAAGUAGCUACAGGGGGUCCCUGUAGACUGAAAAGCAACGUUUUUGCAUCUACUGAAACAGUCUUAUUUGUCUGUCAAUUUUUUGGGAGGUAUCUGGCUGCUCAGACUGGGAUAAGUUCAAAGUUUACACACACACAACACACACACCUCGUGCGUUCGGUCCCUCUAUUGCUUUUCCAAGGUGAAGAUGCAGACCUUGAAGGAAAUGAUGCUUUGACUAACAAAUCUAUAACAUCCAUGAAUGUGAGAAUGCAACACAUUUGCAAUAAAAACACCAAUUAAAACGGGAUAUGUAAUGUU